UGUUUAUUUAUUACACCUAACAGGGUAACUGGGUAAUGCUUAUUUACUUGAAAGGGGCGUAUUAUGAGAACAGUGUCAUAAAAGUGGACACUCAUAACAAAAGGAAACCCUGGUCCCGUUUCAUAAGACUCGAUGCCAAUGGCCUUGCCAUUAUAAGCUUCAGAAAGAUGAUGUGAUUGGUCUGAAACAUACUAUCUAAUUAAUUCUAAUCGUUAGUAGGUCUAAUAUCUUAGUAGUUUUGAGUAUCGUUACCACGACUGAGGAAUACAGGUUAUGAAGGAUAUCGCUAUAACAAUUUUCCGGAAUAAGGAGAUCAAGAUUCAAUUAUGUUAUAUGGGAAAACGGUCUUGUGUGUCGUCCUGUCAUUGCUGACGACUGGGGUCUUUAGUUCUAUCACUGAACCAAACUUUGCUGAUGGGCGAACGGUGAUCGUACAUCUAUUCGAAUGGAAGUGGACGGACAUCGCCGAAGAAUGUGAAAGAUUCUUAGGACCUCACAAGUUCGCCGGUGUCCAGGUGUCACCUCCCAGCGAGCAUCUCGUAUUCGCCGACAACCCCUACUCCGAGUAUGACUACCCGUGGUGGGAGCGAUACCAGCCCAUAGGCUACCAGCUGAUAAGUAGGAGUGGAACCCCCGAGGAGUUCGCCGACAUGGUUACACGUUGUCUGGCCGUCGAUGUCCGUAUCUACGUCGAUGCCGUCAUCAACCACAUGGCAGGAGGAGGUUAUGUCUUUCCGAAGGUGCCGUUUGAUGAGGGUGACUUCAACGUCAAACUUGGACUGUGUCCCACCGAAGAUGGCGGCAUUCAUGACGUCAACGAUACAGUCCAAAUGCGUUACUGCAACCUCCUUGCGUUGGCUGAUAUACAUUACGGGGAACUGAACAAUUAUUAUGGAAGGGACAAGGUUGUGGAGUAUCUUAAUAAAAUGAUUGACAUGGGCGUGGCAGGGUUUAGAAUUGAUGCUGCUAAACACAUGUAUCCCGCUGAAUUAGAUGAUGUGGCCAAUCGUCUCCAUGACUGUACGUUUGGAGGAAGACCUUACAUCUAUCAAGAGGUCAUUGACCGAUUCAGCAACGAGGCCAUCAAACCUAGCGAGUACUUCGAAACUGGCGAUGUCACGGAGUUUAAAUUCUGCGACCAGAUGGCUUUACUCGGUCGCGCCUCUGUCCCGGCUGAUCGGUUCCAAAAUUUCGGUUUUGAUCCAAGCUGGGGGAUGAUGCCGAGUGAGAGUGCAAUUAUCUUCGUAGAAAACCAUGACAACCAACGCAAUCACGGCGGUGGAGGUGAUAUCCUUUCGUUUCAAGAGCCACGCGAGUACAAGAUCGGGAUCGCGUUCGGUUUGGCGUGGAAUUACGGCACCGCGCGAAUCUUCAGCGGGUAUGUCUUCGAACACAGCGACCAGGGACCCCCAUCCGACACUUCAGGGAAUACUAACAACGUCGUCAUCAACGCAGAAGGGAUGUGCGAUGGUGGGUGGAUUUGCGAGCACCGAUGGAGGGAGAUUCGAAAUAUGGUAUGUUUCCGUAAUGUUGCCGGAGACGAACCGGUUGAAAACUGGUGGGACAACGGGGAUAACUUCAUCGCGUUUUCUCGUGGCGACAAAGCCUUCUUCGCGCUCAACAACGAAAGAAUUCGCCAAUCGGAGACUCUGCAGACCGGUCUUCCACCCGGCACCUACUGCAAUCUGAUCACCGGGGAGCCCACGGCUACAGGUUGCUCAGGGUCAUCGGUGGUAGUCAAUGAGGAUGGCUAUGCCUACGUAGAUCUACUACCGAGCACCGAUGAACGGGAUGCGAUGGUAGCGUUAACCAUUGCUGCUACGUCGGGCCGAUCUGAUUAUACUGGUUGUGUCGUCGAAGCUGCCGCAGUGCAGUUGAAAUUUAAUUUAUUAUUAAUUGCAAUCACUGUGUUAGUGCAGUUGAUUUACUAAAUUUCUAAGGUUUCCCAGAACAUCAAAACGUUAAAACUAGGAAUAUUCAAAUUGGCUUUGCUUCUAUUUAUCUUUUAUCUUUCUGUAUCCCAUCUCUCUCUUCUCUUAUCGGCUGUUUAAAACAUCAUUGUAUCUCCCAUAAUGACGGAUUCAGGGGUGUCCCUCAAGGUUAUGUAAUUUACCCUUUUUUAUUUGCUUAAAAUUAUGUCCGUCCGAUGUACCAAUAUUUUAUCCGAUGGUACAGGUUUGCCACAAUAUGCAAACGAAACUAAAAUGAGACACUAUCCAAUCCUCUCCGUGCUUCAUCAAAUACCUACUUCGUAAUGCUGGUGCAACGAUAGUUAAUGUAAUUUUAUGUCAAUGUAUGUCUCCUUUCCAGCAAAAAUGCAACUUGAUGAAAAUGUGUAUAGAAGUUUACUUUCAUUUCAUUUCUGUCAUUCAGUCUUUCGUCACGCCUUCUUGUCUUUCACCUUUUUAUGUUAUUUUCUUUCUAUUACCCUCACUGCCUUUAACUAAUUGUUUCCAUGUGUGUUUUUAUCUGUAUCAUUAUUGCAUUAGUCAAAUGAUCAUUAUAUUUUAUCAUUUCGUUAAUAUUCCUCCAUCGAUAGUUGCACUUUGUAUUUUGAUGUAUUUUAUGACCAUGAUGACGGAAAUAAAUCUAAAAUCUCCAUUGCUUAAUAAAUCAUCAAUGUUUAUUAUAUUAUAGUUUGUAUUACUUGCAGGGCCGUAGCUAGGCAGUGGGC